AUGUCAUCAACAAGUAGAUUAAUUGUAAAUUCAAAUCCACAACAAUAUAUUCAAAAAUGUUUUUAUGCAAAGAGAUUAGUAUCAAAACGUGUUUAUGAUAAAUUAAAGCGUGAAAAAGUAUCAAAUUUUGAUUCUUAUGAAUUAUUUAAAGAUCUUUCAAAAUCACCAAUUAAUAAACCAAUCGAUAUAUUGAAACCAGUUUUAGCAAAAGGUUUAGUUGGAGUUGAGAAAUAUUUAGCACCAAAUUUAGGUUCAGCACAAUCGAUCACCCAAGAAUUGAAUAACAACGAAAAAAUUCAAAACGAUCUCAUGGAAUUGGUAGCAAAAAUCAAAUAUACUACAGAAUCAGAAUCCUUGGAGGAUCUUUUAACUAUAUCAAAAGUUAAAGCACCAACCGCAAGAGAACUUCUCAAAAGAAGAGAAAAUAUAGAUUCAAUGGAACCUCAAGUUGCUAAAAAAGGUUCAAAAUCAAGAUUCUUUUAUAGAGCUGGUCCAGGUUCACCAUUAUAUGAUUUCACUGCUCAUCAAUUAAAAGAAAUUAAUAUUUUAGAACAAAAAUCAAUUCAAAUUCAAAAAGAAAAAGAUGACUAUGCUAAAUUAAAUAAAACAAAAGAAGAUUUUGCUAGUGAUAUGAGCAAAUUGUAUGGUCAAGAUAAAUAA